UCCUAUUUUUCCUGUUAUGUUGGGUGAUGCAAAAUUAGCAACAACAUUUGCAGAUAAAAUGAUGGAAAAGGGAAUUUACGUCAUUGGAUUCAGCUAUCCCGUGGUACCAAAAGAUAAAGCAAGAAUACGUGUUCAGAUUAGCGCAGCGCACUCGACCGAAGAUAUAGAUCGUGCGGUAGGUGCUUUCAUACAAAUUGGAAAAGAACUUGCGGUAAUUUAAUAAAUACAUUUUUAAUAACGGCAAAGAAAAAUUGAAUGAUUGAUUCUGUCUCCAAUAUGCAUUCUGUUUCAUUAUAUAAAUAAAUAAAUCGCAGUGUUAACGCUAUAUAUUUAAGCUUAUUUGUAUUAUACAAAUUAAAUAUUGCAAGUAUAUAAGUGCAUGCGAAUGUUGAACGUUGAAUUUAUUAACACGUGCAAUA